GGAAGCAGAGGGGCCGCUGCCCCAAGGCUCUGAAGGGCGUGAGUGACCCCGCGGGCGUGAUCAAGAUCAGCGACGACAGCAGCACCGACUCCGACAUGGGACUCGACAGCGACUUCAACUCCUCCCCGGAGUCCGUCUUUGAGACGGACGAUGUCAUCUUCAUCGAGCACACCUACAACGGCUUUGCGGCAGAGCACAGCGGUAAUUUCCACAUGCUGCCUUCCCAGAAAGAGGCGCAUGGCCUGAGAGAACUCGAACGUGUGGAAAAGAUGAAGCAGGACCUCCUAGUAAAAGUAAAAGCACUGGGCAAAGAGCUACCUCUCAAUACCUUGGACGAACUGAUCAAUCACUUUGGGGGCCCGGAGCACGUGGCUGAGAUGACGGGGCGGAAGGGCCGGGUCGUCUGCAGGCCGGACGGCUCCGUCGUGUUCGAGUCCCGUGCGGAGCAAGGCCUCUCCAUAGACCACGUCAACCUGAAGGAGAAGGAGCGUUUCAUGAAAGGGGAGAAGCUCGUAGCAAUAAUCUCCGAGGCCUCCAGCUCAGGUAUCUCUCUCCAAGCAGACAGACGGGUGAAAAACCAGAAGCGGCGGGUCCACAUGACUCUGGAGCUGCCCUGGAGUGCAGACCGGGCCAUACAGCAGUUUGGUCGAACGCACCGAUCCAACCAGGUUUCUGCUCCAGAGUACGUCUUCCUCAUCUCCGAGCUGGCAGGGGAGAGGAGGUUUGCCUCCAUCGUGGCCAAACGCCUGGAGAGCCUGGGUGCCUUGACUCACGGGGACCGCCGGGCCACCGAGUCCCGAGACCUCAGCAAGUACAACUUUGAGAAUAAGUAUGGAGCUAAGGCACUGGACAGAGUUCUCUCCACUAUCCUCAGCUACACGGAGAACAGGGUGCCUGUGCCCAAGAGCUACGACGGAGGGGAGCGUGCCUUCUUCCAGGAAAUGAAGCAAGGCCUCAUCUCCGUGGGCAUCUGCUGCAACCAGAUGAAGUACGGCACCGUCUCAGUGGAGAAGGACUGCUCCAUCACCAAGUUCCUGAACCGCAUCCUGGGUCUGGAGGUGGACAAGCAGAACAUGCUCUUCCAGUAUUUUUCGGACACCUUUGACUAUCUGAUCGAGAAGGACAAGAAGGAGGGCAAAUACGACAUGGGCAUCCUGGAUUUAGCCCCAGGAGUGGAUGAGAUCUAUGAGGAGAGCAAGGAGGUCUUCCUGACCCCCGGGCACCCGCAGGACGGGCAGGUCGUGUUUUAUAAG